UUUUGAGGUGAAACGUGCAUAUAUGUAGGACAAUUUCAGAAGACGGCAAACACGUGUUUUAUUUUGAAAGUCAACGUUCAAUGGCUGGGAUAUCGGGACAGGACAACGACGAAAGUAGUGCAACAACUUUGCAGAAUGGUUCUCCCAAGUCCCAGUCUGUGACAGCAACAGUAAACGGCAAUGAGAAGAUGAAGCUGAAGGGGGAGGAGGGUACAGACCAGCCCCUGGUGAAUGGGUGCUGCCAGGAGGUGGCCCGGACCGAGGAGAGCCCGGGGGAGGAGGCAGGGGAGGAGGGGGCCAAAAACGACAAGGAGAUAGUGCUGAUCCAGGACAUGGGCUUCAAUGUACAGAUACAGAUUCCUGGGGGAAACCCCAUAGAACUUCCAGUGAGUUCUAUGGAACUAGUGCAGGAGAUUCACCAGGUGUUAAUGGACAGGGAGGACACCUGUAUCAGAACCUGCUUCUCCCUACAGAUUGACGGGGUCACCCUGGACAACUUCGCAGAGCUCAAGAGCAUUGAGGGAUUGAAAGAGGGCUCUGUCAUUAAAGUGGUUGAAGAACCAUAUACUGUAAGAGAAGCCCGCAUUCAUGUUCGUCACAUUCGUGACUUACUGAAGUCUGUGGACCCUGCCGACGCAUACAAUGGAGUGGACUGCAACUCUCUCUCCUUCUUGAAUACUGUCACAGUUGGAGACAUUCUAGACAAGAAGAGAUCUAAACCCGACUCUGUAGACUGUACUCCCCCAGACUUCAUCAUGCCCAGCAGUAAAGAGAGGCCCCUGUUACCUCUUCAUCCAGGUCUCAAGGACCUCAAGGGUCCACAGUGUCUGAAGGUUUUGACUUAUACUGGAUGGAACCCACCCCCAGGAAACAGGAGAAUGCAUGGGGAUUUGCUGUAUCUAUAUGUGUUAACUUUAGAAGACAAGAAAUAUCACAUAACCGCUUCUACCAGAGGGUUUUACGUCAAUCAAUCAACGGAAGAUGAAUUUAAUCCAAGAGCUGCUCAGCAAAAGUUUUUAUCUCACUCCCUUGUAGACCUGUUAAACCAAAUAAGUCCAAGUUUCAAGAGAAACUUCAGUAUCCUUCUGAAGAAGCGAGGUCAGAAGCACCCAUUUGAGCGGGUACCCACCCCCUACCAGAUCUACAGCUGGAUGGCCCCACAGUCCGAACACUCAGUGGACUACAUCAGGGCUGAAGAUGCUUUCUCUACACGUUUGGGGUAUGAGGAACACAUCCCAGGGCAAACGCGGGACUGGAAUGAAGAGAUUCAGACAACACGAGAAUUGUCAAAGAAAACCCUGCCAGAAAGGCUGAUCAGGGAACGAGCAAUAUUUAAGGUGCAUAGUGAUUUUGUUGGUGCUGCUACACGAGGCGCCAUGGCAGUUAUUGAUGGAAAUGUUAUGGCAAUCAACCCUGGAGAAGAUGCCAAGAUGCAAAUGUUCAUCUGGAACAACAUUUUCUUCAGCCUUGGCUUUGAUGUACGAGAGCACUACAAAGAUUUUGGGGGUGAUUAUGCAGCAUACAUUGCUCCGGGCAAUGACCUACAAGGUGUGAAGGCCUACUUUAACCUGGAUUCUGAAGGUCUGUACACCCUGGGUACAGCAGUGAUAGACUACAGGGGAUACAGAGUCACAGCUCAGUCCAUUAUACCAGGAAUCCUGGACAGAGAACAGGAGCAGUCUGUUGUGUAUGGAUCCAUUGAUUUUGGCAAGACAGUGGUCACUUGUGAUAAAUAUGUGGAAUUGCUACAAAAGACUGCUCCACAAUUGAAAAUCUUUCCACAUAAGGUUUUAAGUGACAAAGGUGAUGAAGUAGAAUUAUAUACUUCUCUGGAGUGCAAGGGAAUCAUUGGAAAUGAUAAGCGCCACUAUGUUCUGGACUUAUUAAGAACAUUUCCACCAGAUAUAAACUAUCUCCCAAUUGAGGAUGAACCUCUGAGUAAAAUCAUGCAGGAACAUGGGUAUCCCAAGAAACACCCACACCGACUGGCAUGCUUACGACAGGAACUUAUAGAGGCAUUUGUUGAAACAAGAUAUGUAGCCUUUGUCAGGCAUGCUGCUUAUCAGUUUCAACAGCUACAACAACAGAGCCAGAAAAAGGCUGAUGAAAACAAGGACCAGAAACUGGUUCCACAAGAGUUGGAACUUGAUGGUCUUGAGGAGACACUUGAGGAAAAAGAAAAGAAAGAAAAAGCAGAGAGUGAAAAUAUAGAUGAGGCCAAAAAGAUAGUGGAGGCACUCACAAAAUCAGAGGGGGAAUCCUUUGAGGAGAACAGUAAGGACAUUGUGAAGAAAGCUGCAGCUGCUGUGGGCUCUCUCAGUGACACUGAGUUCAGUAUUUUCUUCAACCCUGAUGUUUUCCAGCCUCAUGUGAAACACCCUGAUGAAAAGAGUGAUCAUUUCCAAAGGCAGAAGAAGCUUGUCAAGGAUGCUGCUGAGUUUCUCGUUCUUCAUCAAAUCCCAUCAUUUAUCAGUGAUUGUAUGGAACACUCCUCGUCUCCCAUUGAUGGCUUCACUCUGUGUGAAGCAUUACACAACAAGGGGAUCAAUAUCCGUUACCUUGGCAAAGUGGCAGAGAUGAUCUCUAAAUAUUCCUCUGUGUCCUAUGUUUAUACCAUUGUCAUAUCGGAAUUGAUCUGUCGUGCAGCCAAGCACCUGUUCAAGUUGUACAUGCAGGGAGUGGACAUGAUGAACACCUCGGCUGCCAUUAGUCACUUCCUGAACUGCUACAUUGGAUCUUAUCCCUCCCCUCAUGCUCAGGUCACCGCAGAUGAGUUACAAAGCAAGAAAGCAAAAAGGAAGAAUAGCAAGAAAAACAAAGCUGCAUUCUUGAGCAUAGACAAUACAGAAUGGGCAAGUGAAACGCCCUCCAAACUGUGGAAGAAAAUUACAGAAGAAGUGUCAGAGUAUUUUGACUACAAGCUAGACUGUGAUUCUAUUGAACAAGUGGUGGAGAAGUAUGGUCUGCAGCGUGUGUCCAUGUUGAGGGCAUUCUGUAUGAGUGUGGGCAUUCAGAUUUUACUCCGGGAGUAUAACCUGGACAUAAAGAACAAACAGAUCUUCAACGAGGAAGACAUUGUCAACAUUUUCCCUGUUGCCAAACACAUUCAUCCAAAAGCAUCAGAUGCAUAUCACUUCUUCACAAGUGGCCAAACCAAAAUUCAGCAAGGUUUGCUGAGGGAAGGCUAUGAUUUGAUCAGUGAGGCUCUCAACCUUCUGAACAAUGUGUAUGGGGCUCUACACCCAGAGAUUGCAGCUUGUCUCCGACUGCUUGCUCGUCUCAACUACAUCAUGGGAGAGUAUGGAGAGGCUAUGUCUUUCCAACAACGUGCUGUUCUAAUGAGUGAGCGUGUUUUGGGCAUCGACAAUCCAAACACAAUUACAGAAUAUGCCCACCUUGCCCUCUACUGUUUUGCCAACAGUCAGGUGUCCAGUGCACUGCGGUUAAUAUACAGGACACGUUACUUGGCUUUACUCUGCCAUGGAGAGGAUCAUCCAGAGGUGGCUUUAAUAGAUAGUAACAUUGGUCUAAUUCUCCAUGCUGUGGAAGAGUUUGAUUUGUCUCUGAGGUUCUUGGAGCAUGCUUUGGAAGUCAACACAAAAUAUUUUGGACAGAGGAGCAUGAAGGUGGCCAUGAACUACCACCUGGUGGCAAGAACCCACUCCUGUCGGGGAGACUUUAGGGCUGCCCUACAGAGCGAGAAGGAGGCUUAUGCCAUUUACAAACAGACUCUUGGGGAGGAACAUGAAAGAACAAAGGAGAGUUCUGAGUGUUUGAAACAUCUUACACAGCAAGCUGUAGUCUUUCAAAAGAAAAUGAAUGAAAUAUACAAGGGAGAGAAGAGCAUCACUUUCCCCCCACUGCACAUUCAGACUCCCUCUAUUGCCAGUGUGUUGGAUACCCUGAACGUCAUCAAUGGCAUCGUCUUUGUACAGAUCAGCCAAGAAGACAUUGAAAAGUUUCGCCAGCAAGUUAGUUUGAAAGGAGCAGCUAAAUCUGAGGAACCAGAAAAGGCACCAAGCACACUGAAAAUAACUGAAGUCCCUGAGGAAGAGGAAGCUAAACUCCCCAAUGGGCAUGCCAAGAUGAACGGAGACAUUGCUCAUACAGGUCCCAGAGGGGUCACAGUUGGGGGAGAGUGAGGGAAGCUGUAGGAAACACCCCCAUAUGUGUGUUUGCCAGUCCACCGAAUACACCAACUUAAACAGUGUCACACGUUGAGUGAACACGUU